CUACCUUGGCUCUACGCCCCUGAGGUUUUAUCGUGUUACACUCGUGUAUCAUAGUCAUGCUCUCAUGAGACUCUGAAUCGAGUAUAACUGAGCCGAUAGAUAUUUAACACGUAUGCAUGUUCUAAGCUUAUGAAGUGAUUGUACAGCGCGGAACAUGAUUCGCGUCAGUCAUGGAGUGGAAGACGAUAGUCAUUGCGGUUCUGGUGGUUAGUUUGUGUUUUCUUGCUAUUCCCUUCAAAGUCCAGCCGAGUGAGACAAAAGAGGACGUGAAGCUAUUCGAGGAAUACGUUACUAAACAUAAUAAAUCUUACCGACGUGAUGUACAUGAAUAUGAUAAGAGAUUUAAAAGCUUUCAGACGUCGCUGCGUCACAUCGAAAGAAUGAACGGAUUACGAACAUCAAAGGAAAGCGCAUAUUAUGGACUGACAGAAUUUUCAGAUAUGUCUCCAGAGGAAUUCUUACAAGUGUCUUUAAGGGAACGUAAAAUGGCGUCAAAGAAUUCCUCGGAGGUAUAUGAGCGAAGAAAGAGAGGAGUGUCGAAUCUUUUAGUUGGGACGGGAGCCAAAGGUACUAAAGAAUUGCCGCUGAAGUUCGACUGGAGAGAAAAGGGUGCGGUGGGCCCGAUUCGUAGUCAAGGAAAUUGCGGGGCCUGUUGGGCCUUUAGCACUGUACAAGUAGUGGAAUCAAUGGCAGCAAUUGCUAAUGGGACUUUACCGUCUCUUAGUGUUCAAGAGAUGAUUGAUUGCGCAAGGAACAAUAACUUUGGUUGCGAGGGUGGCGACAUAUGCAGCCUGCUUGGAUGGCUUCUUGCUACGAAGAUGAAAAUUCUACCUGAAACCAGUUACCCACUGACGAGAAAAACCGACGUAUGCAAAAUCGACAAGAGUAACAAAGCCACUCCAGGAUUUCGUAUUACAGAUUAUACGUGCGACAGCUUUGUAGAUAACGAACAAAAGCUUCUGGCAGCCAUUGCGUAUCACGGUCCAGUCGCGGUGGCUGUGAACGCUUUGACUUGGCAGAAUUAUUUGGGCGGAAUCAUCCAGUAUCAUUGUGACGGUUCUUUUGUCAGUUUAAAUCAUGCCGUCCAAAUUGUUGGCUAUGAUAACACUGCUGCUAUACCGUAUUACAUUGUCAAAAACUCAUGGGGUCCAUCUUUCGGUAAUAAGGGAUACGUAUACAUUGCAAUUGGUAGCAAUCUUUGUGGUGAGUACCUUUUGACACUUUAUCAAAAGCUGCCAAGACAAAGUUUUUAUGUAGACUUGGCUGUGCUGGAUAUGAAACUGUUUGUUAAUUAAAUGUGCACAAUAAUUAAAAAUAAUUAUGAUUGAUGACAGGCUGCAAUUCUUUAGCUGUUUUUUCUGUGUACAGGUAUUGCCAAUCAAGUGUCUUCAAUUGAUAUAUCCUAGCCAUGAAUGAUAACUACGAUAUCGGGUCUGUAUGAAAUUAAGAAAAAUAUUUUCUUACCAUAUUGCAGCUCGUCUUUUUUUCAUACUUAGUAUUUAUUCGUGCAAUUUUCAAAUGUAUAACGGCAUUAGAAAAAGUUUUUGCAUGCUCUCGUUGAGCGAAUGAUAUUUUUUAUAUAUAAGUAAUAUAUUAUACGUAUAUAGUACAUAAUAAGUUGACGAAUAAAAAUUCAAUUUUCACUCUUGA